GUUUAUGCAUAGUUUACGAACGCGCCCAAAUUGAAUGAUCAUAACCUAGAAAUUCCGCUACCAAUAUUUAUUUUAAAUCGAAAAAGUUUAAAGUUAUCGUUUGUUAUAAUUAACCAUGUCGGAAAAUCAUGUAUCCUUCUUACGAAAAGUAUUUUUAUCUGCGGAUGUUUAUGCAGUUUGCUUACAGCACGCAUUAAGUACAGAAAAAGAAGAAGUUAUGGGUUUACUGAUCGGAGAGUUAGACCGUGAGAACGCAUCAUCGCACAUUAGUGCUUGCGUAAUAUUACAUCGCAGCGAUAAGCAACCAGAUCGUGUGGAAAUAUCACCCGAACAGCUCUGCGAGGCAGCAAUUUACGCGGAGGAAUUGAAACAAAAAUUAAAUCGACCAAUGCGAGUAUUAGGAUGGUACCAUUCCCAUCCACACAUCACUGUAUGGCCCAGUCACGUAGAUCUGCGAACACAGUCACAGUAUCAGAUUAUGGAGCCACUGUUUGUCGGCUUAAUAUUCUCGGUAUUUUCCAGCGACUCCGGUUCAACAUACAAUAAAGUCGAUCUUACAUGUUUCCAAGCUCGCGGAAACUCCGACGACAAUAUGCACAGGCGCGAAAUAGCGAUAGCAAUCAGACCUAGCUGCUUACACGAAUAUAACUUAAAGGCGUUAAUGGAUUUGCCCAAUAUUUUAAUGAAAGAGGUUUUAAGUGUUUCGCAUGAGAUUAACUACGGCACAGAUGAAUUUGCGAAACUGCACAAUAGCGCUUUGAAGGCUUUACAGUUAACGGAGGUGGCCUCGUCGGUCACCUUACCAAUGUGCGAUCUUUUACAAAUGAGAUUGAAUUCUGUGACGGCACGAAUAAAGGAAGUGCAAAUGAUUAGGGAUAAGUUAAAAGAGCAAGUGGAAGCGAUGAGCAGAUAAUGUUUUUUAAGAAUUAAUUUGCUUGGUACCUAUGUCUUAUAAUUAACAUUAUGAUUUAUCUUUUUUUAAUAAAUUAUAGUGUCUUUUU